AUGUGUCUUUGUUUACAUAGACGACAUCGGUCAGAGAGAACAUUUGAGCAUGUUUAUAUUAAUCCUGACAUGUAUACGAUGAACAUGAAGUAUUCAUGCGUUCAAUUGAAUGAUUUACCGGAUGAAACUCUUAUGAUUAUUUUUAAAAAAUUGGCUAAUAUCGAAGUACUUUAUUCUUUAGGAAAUGUCAAUAAACGAUUAAAUAGAAUUGCACAAGAUUCUGUUUUUACAAAUGAAUUGGCCCUUUUCUUAUCUCCAUGCAAGGGUUCUGUUUAUUCAUUACCUGAUCCAAUACUUGAUCGAUUUUGUUCACAUAUUUUACCUAAAAUUCAUCAAAAAAUUCAAUGGCUUCAACUCGAAUCACUUUCAAUGGAGCGUAUUCUUCGUGCUACCAAUUAUCCCAAUUUAUAUGGAAUUAGUUUAUACAAUAUUCAAGCAGAAACAGCUAUAAGUCUUUUUACUGGUAAGAUAUUUUACUUUGAUUCUUCUAAUGAUAGAUACAUUAAUACUAUAAACCGAGAAAAUUCAUCAAUAAAAAUCAUUUAUAAAAUGAUUACAGUUUUUUAA